AUGUGUGCACAGCAUGCGACUCCGACUCAACCACAUUCGAUUUUCAAGAAACCCAAACAACUUGACAGCAUGGGUCUUCCAAAAUUCAUCCUUCUUGAUAUGUCUGGGCCUCUUGUGAAGGCAUGGGAGAAGGCCUUCAAGGAGCACAACCUUAUCGCUCGAGGAAACUUCGAGUUUGUGAACUCUCUCCUGCAUAAUUUGCCAGAAAACAAGAAACAAUUCGAUUGCAUCGUUUCGCCAGCGAACAGUUAUGGGCGGCUUGAUGGGAGUUUCGACUGGUACAUCUCUGAAACCCUCGCACCUCCCGACGACUUCGCUGCUGUAACUCGGAUAACACAACAGGUGCUCUACGCUCGGUGGAAAGGCUUUGCCCCUCCGGGCACCUGUACCCUCAUCCCACUGAAAGACACCACCUGCUUCCCGAACAAGCACAGCUGCAAGUUCAUCGCCCUCUGUCCGACCAUGCGCAUUCCAGAGAGCGUCACCUGGGACAGAGAGAUCGUGUACAACUGCGUCUGGGCGUUGCUGAGCGAGAUUACCGCUCACAACGACCGGGUUAGCGCCGCGGCUGGUGGGCAGGAAGGGGAAGAUUGUGAUACGAUCCAAAUAGUGCUGAUGUCGGGGUUGGCUACUGGUGUAGGCAAUGUGUCGGCUGAGAAGUGCGCACAGCAGAUGGCGUUGGCGUUUAAGGACUUCUACGAUGCGUUGGAACAUCCCGAUAAAUGGAGCACUCUGGAGUGGGGCACAGCAAUAGAGAUUGCGGAAGCCAGGGAUAAGACUCAUGCUAUGUAA